AUGGACUGUCAUUUGAGUGUGCGACAGUACAUCGCAUUCUGCGACUGUUUCUCACCCAGUGGCGCUGCAUACCAACAUGUUAAGGUCAAGCUUUGCGUGAGACUUGCUCAAGCACUCAGCAAUAACUCUGUCACCGAUUUCCUCAUUCUUGAGUACAACAGUGAGAUUGGCGGCCGAUGCAGGCAUGCGUCUUUUGGCAAAGAUAAGAACGGCAAUCCUUACACAGUAGAGCUUGGAGCCAACUGGAUUCAAGGCACUCAAUCACCAGGAAGACCAGCAAAUCCGAUCUGGACAUUGGUCAGUAUCUGCACACUUCGCAAAACCCGUUUAGACUCAUCUAUCAUACAGUCACAAAAGUAUCAAGUCAAGAACAAUUUUUCUGAUGACGCAUCCAUUGAGACCUUUGAUACUAGCGGUCCUGUAGACUAUACUUACAAGUUGAAGGAAUACGAGACUGCUUAUAGAAAGGUCGAGCAGGAUGCUGGACACAUUAUCUCAGACAACUUGCACGACCGUAGCCUCAGGGCCGCACUCCGUGACGCAGGCUGGGAUGCAACGGGCGAUCCACAAGCCGAGGCGGUAGAGUAUUAUGAACUGGACACAGACUACGCCCAAAUAUCAAAGCUUAGCUCCGAGGAAUUCGACGUCGCGAACGAGAAUUCCUCCUUCCACGGCUUUUCAGAGGUCAACAACCUUGUCAUCGACCCUCGAGGCUUCAACGCCUUCCUACAUGGCCAAGCCUCCGAAUUCCUCAAGCCGAACGACAGUCGCCUUCUCCUCAACAAAAUUGUCACGAAGAUCACCUACGACAACUCUGGUGUCAUCAUUCAAAAUUCUGACGGCACCUGCAUCGCGGCCGAUUACGCUAUCACCACCUUCUCCGUCGGCGUUCUCAAAUCCAACCAUGUAAAGUUCUCCCCCGCUCUCCCGGACUGGAAGAAUACAGCAAUCCAGACCUUCGAAAUGGGCGUCUACACCAAGAUAUUCUUGCAGUUUCCUCUGGACAAAGUAUUCUGGAACACCAGCACCCAAUUCUUCCUGUACGCCUCCCCAAAUACGGGUUACUACACUGAAUGGGCAUCCCUCGAUCACGAAGACUUCUUUCCCGGCUCAGGAAUUCUCUUCGUCACGGUCACCACCGACCUGUCCCUCAUUGUCGACAAACAGGACGACAAAACAACAAAACAGCAGGUUCUCAUCGUCCUGCGGCAGAUGUUCGGCAAAGAGAACGUUCCGGAGCCCCUCGAUUUCAUGUAUCCACGUUGGAGCUUGACGCCUUGGGCGUAUGGCAGCUACUCGAAUUGGCCGCCGGGUAUGACGCUUGAAGGCCAUCAGAAUCUGCGCGCUAAUGUUGGGAGAGUGUGGUUCGCCGGUGAGGCUACGAGCGCGGAGUUUUAUGGUUAUUUGCAAGGAGGGUAUUUUUCGGGCCAGGAUACUGGGGAGCGCGUCGCGGCGUGUGUGAACGGGGCUUAUGCCAGAUGUCAGGAGGAGAUCCACUAUGAGAAAUUGAAUGCAACCAGUGGCGGUAGUGAUGAGUUUGGGCCGCAGAAUGGGUGGUUUAAUCGUUCAUUCCAGACGACUGGCGAUACAGCUGAUUCAUAG